UUUUUUUCUUCCCCAAUCUUCUUCGUUCGGUAACUAGCCAAAAGUAAAACCAAAGGUGUUCGGACGCAAAAGACUUGCUCCAAGAUGUCAGUCGAACUGCGUCGCCUCCCGGACGCCGACGCCCGUACGGCGUCGGCCCAGCAGACGGACGAGGAGGAUGUCAACACCUUGAUCCAGACUAUGCCACCAACCGACAAGGGCGCCGCCGCGUGGAAGUUUCUGUUGUCAAGCUUCGUCAUCGAAGCGCUUCUCUGGGGCUUUCCCUUGACUUUUGGCGUCUUCCAGGAAUACUAUUCCUCACAGCCGCAGUUCAAAGACGACCCGAACAUCGCCAUCAUAGGCACCGUGUCGACGAGCAUCUACUUUCUCGGCGCGCCCCUCGCGGCCCCUCUCGUCAAGAGGUUCCAUCUCUACCAGAGACACAUGGUCGUCGUCGGCUGGGCCCUCUGCGUCGCCUCCCUGGUCGGCGCCUCCUUCGCCGACUCCGUCCCGGGGCUCAUCGCCACCCAGGGCGUCCUCUACGGCUUCGGCUUCCUGAUGCUGUACUUCCCGGUGCUGCGAAUGCUCAACGAGUGGUUCGUCGCCCGCCGCGGCCUGGCGUACGGCGUCCUCUACGCAGGGGGCGGCUUCAGCGGCGUCGGCCUGCCGUUCCUCCUGCAGCUGCUGUUGUCCAGGUAUGGAUACCGCACGACGCUGCGCGCCGUUGCGGUGGCCCAGUUCGCCUGCGUUGCGCCCGUCCUGCACAUGGUCAAGGGCCGGCUGCCGCCGUCGCCCCGGGGCGCGAUGCGCAUGUUCGAUGUCAGCUUCCUGCGGCAGCCUCUCUUCUACUGCUUCGCGCUCUCCAACCUGUUCCAGGGGUUUGCCUACUAUAUCCCCUCGCUGUAUCUGCCUUCCUACGCAUCCGCCAUCGGGCUGUCGGGUACCAUGGGAGCCUUGCUGCUCGCGGCCCACAACCUGGCGACUGUCUUUGGGCAGCUCGGCUUCGGAUGGCUCUCCGACCGGACGGACAACGUCUUCGCCCUCAUGUUCGUGUCGUCCUUCGUGUCGUCCGUUGCGGCGUUCACGCUCUGGGGCUUCGCCCAUUCACUGGCGUUGUUAGUGGUAUUUGCGCUGGUCUUCGGCAUGUUCGCCGGUGGUUUCCUGAUAUUCUGGGCCAAGUUCGGCGCCAUGUUGUCCGAUGAUCCCCAGCCCGUGUUCAGCAUGAUGGCCUUCGGCAAGGGCAUCGGCAACUUGGCCACCGGUCCCAUCACGGCGGGCCUGUUGACGAAGCCGGUGAGCUGGGGAUACGGCAUGGGCCGGUACGAGUCGUUGAUUCUGUUCCUGGGUUCGUUCAUGUUGUGUUCGUCGCUCGGGGCUUUUGCGUGGCCACUGAAGAAGCGCUGAGCCAAUGGCUCUUCUCAAACCACACUUACACCCUCUUGACAUUCUUUUUUGUUCUGUCUUCUUUCCAACAACUGUGGAUAUUCAGAACCAUUGAAGACGCCAAUCUGGUAAUUGGCAUAAUGGAGGUGGAAGAGGUUAUCCUCUUAAAUAAGUAUGAUGAUCCGCUCGUCCAUCAGCUAUUGUACCUGGUCAGCGAUCUCGAACUCCUCCAUCUCCUUGACAGUCUGCUCUAUUCGGUGGACAAGAACAAUAUCGAGUCCCAGUAGCUCCUUAUCCUCAAGCAGUUCGGAAAACCUCUUCUUCCAAAGACGUAACUUGCCCAAGCCUUGCCCUUCGGUAGCCUCUUCAACUGCAUCUUUGUGCGGUCUGGCGAAGAUUAUGUCUUGGAAUACCAAGCUUCCACGACGUAUAGCCCACUCAGUCGCUACCCAGAGCCUAGACUCCAGGAUGAUACCCUUGUCUGGGGACUCGUCAAGGGCGCUCUGAAGUUGCCAGAUGGGGAAGUUCAACCAGGGAGCAAAGUCUUCCGUCGUGAGCCUGGCAGUGAACGAGUUGAGGUUCUUCCAUGCAGCAACAUUGUCUAGAGUCCAUUCGUCUAGCUUGGU